AUGCGAGGCAUCAGUAAAAAAUGUUUGGUGGAGAGGCAAUCGGAUGGAGGGCGUGAACAAAAACAGCUAUCAACAACGGAUCUACAACUUACUGGAAGAGUUGAGGAGAAAAGAAGAUGGUCUGACGGAAUUCAUCAGGCAGUAGAAGCCAAAGAAGGCCUUAAGAUUCAGGCUGAUUCCGUUGUUGUGGCGCAAAUAACAUACCAAUCACUCUUUAAACUUUAUCCAAAGCUAUCUGGCAUGACAGGAACUGCUAAAACUGAAGAGAAGGAAUUCUUGAAAAUGUUUCAGAUGCCAGUAAUUGAAAUCCCUACAAAUCUACCAAAUAUACGGAAGGAUUUACCCAUUCAAGCCUUUGCUACUGCACGUGGAAAAUGGGAACAUGUUAGGGAAGAAGUUGAAUAUAUGUUUCGACUAGGCCGCCCUGUUUUGGUUGGUACCACCAGUGUUGAGAAUUCAGAAUAUUUGUCUGAUCUUUUGAAAGACCAGCAAAUUCCACACAAUGUUCUUAAUGCAAGGCCGAAGUACGCUGCAAGGGAAGCUGAGAUUAUUGCACAAGCAGGCAGAAAAUAUGCCAUAACAAUUUCUACUAACAUGGCGGGCAGAGGUACUGAUAUAAUCCUUGGUGGUAAUCCUAAGAUGCUUGCCAAAGAAAUUGUGGAGGAUAGCUUGCUUCCUUUCAUGACAAAAAAAGCUCCAAAUUUGGAAACAGAUGGGGUGCCAAUCUCCCAAAAGGGUCAGUCACAAAUAAAGGUUGGACCAUCCUCAUUAGCAUUGAUUGCGAAGGCUGCACUUAUGGCCAAAUAUGUAUGCAAAAGUGAAGGAAAUAGUUGGUCAUAUCAGAAGGCUAAAUCUGUAAUUUUGAAAGCCAUUGAAUUGAGUCAAUCAGUUGAAAUUGAAGAACUGGAAAAGCAGAUCGCUGAAGAAGCUCAGAUGCAAUGAAGUGAAAAAGCUGGGUGGACUUCAUGUGAUUGGAACAUCUCUACAUGAGUCUCGGCGAAUAGAUAACCAGGU